AUGAGUCAUCAACAACGCAUUAUAUUAGGUGGUCUCGAAGCAAGUUCUGCAGCGGGUCACCAGGCUCCCGGUAGUCCAUCUAUUCGGCCUCUUCCUACCAUACUAUUGGUGUCUUCUACUAUGGGUACUCCCUUGACAAACCCUUCCGUGCUGACGUCAAGUCCCCAAAGUCAAAGGGUCAUCCAUCCUAGGGAGGACAUAGAACUGGUGAGGAGGGUGAAAGGUCGUCAAAAUCCCUCGAUCGGGACCGUUCCUAGGGUUACCCCUCCAGGAGCCAUCCCCCCCUCAGGGCACUCCUAUUUAACCCCCGAGCCAACUCCUAGAUGUCUCCACAAUUCAACUGACGGGCCAGGAAUAGAGUCCUCAGGUUACCAUGAGAAAGGGCAAGCAGUGAUGACUUCUGAUUCCAUCAUUGACUCUUUGGACACCUCCUUUGUCAUCAGUGGCGCCCUUAUCUUUGAUGCCAACAUGGAACGACAUCGAGAUUAUUCCAACAAUGGGUUAAUGAUGAGCAUAAUCCAAAAUUCCUUAACGAUAAGGGCAUUACUUGUCGGUCAUCACCGAUCGGCUGUGGGCGUACUUUUUGCCAAGCGACAAGGCCGAUAA